AUGCUCUUCUCCCGCGUGACCCCAGUAGCGCUGCUCGUCGCCCUCGCGACAUCCGCCCUGGGUGAAGUAAACACCAAGCAGGCUAUCGAGGGUAUGAAUACUCUGCAAAAACGCGUCUCUAAGGCUCGCGAGAGCAUCGAGGGAUGGGACGGUGGCCUUUUAGGCGUCAUCCCCAUCGCCAGCAAAAUGCAAGGCGUGAAGAGUUCCACUGCCGACACACGCAGGACCAUUGAGCAGUCUGAUGCAUUUGGCGAUGAGGACCAAGAUGAAGUUCUGGCAGCAUAUCAGCAAUUGCAGCCCGAAAUUGUGGGAGCGCUUAAUGCUGCAGAGCAGAAGGCGCCGGCUUUCAAAGAUGCGGGAGUGGCCUUCGUGGCGAGGGCUAUGAUGGAUGAUCUCAAGAGUGAGAAGGAGAAAUUCAAGACAACUAUGCAGGAGAAGGUGCCUGCUGAGAGGUACCGCAGCACUGAGCCCAAGGUUGCUGAAGUCAAUGCUGCCUUUGAUAGCGCUCACAAGGCGCUCUCUGCUUAA